GUUGAGGCCCAAUUAACAAAAAUAUCUACAAAGAUAUGUGGCAGAGGUCCUGUAUAAAUUAAUCAUCCCAGAGAAGCAGAUCCACUUUGAAGGGUUAGGUUUGGACGGAAACACCAGAGCUAGAAACAAAAACGAUGCCUCGCUAUGAUGAUAAAUACAAUACACGCCUGUACGUGGGACGCUUGUCUCACAAUACCCGUUCCCGUGAUCUGGAGCGUGCUUUCAGCAGAUAUGGAAGAGUUCGAGGUGUGGAUAUGAAGAACGAUUUCGCCUUUGUUGAAUUUAGUGAUCCUCGAGAUGCGGAUGAUGCCAGAUUUAACUUGGAUGGCCGUGACUUUGAAGGAAGUCGUAUUAUUGUUGAAUUUGCUAAGGGGGGUCCUCGAGGUUCUCGUGAAUACUUGGGUAGGGGUCCACCACCUGGAUCUGGACGAUGCUUUAACUGUGGCAUUGAUGGUCAUUGGGCCAGAGAUUGCAAAGCUGGGGAUUGGAAGAACAAAUGCUACCGCUGCGGGGAAAGAGGUCAUAUAGAGAAGAACUGUAAGAACAGUCCCAAAAAGUUGAGCAGCAGGCGUGGGCGGAGUUUCUCACGAUCACCAGUCAGGUCAUAUUCUCCUCGUCGUGGGAGAAGCAGGGAUCGGAGCUACAGUCGUGACCGCAGCUACAGUCGAUCUAGAUCUCCUGUCAGAAGAGCAAGAAGCCCAGUUUCUGAAGAUAGGUCACGGAGUCCUCGACCGUCCAAGAUAAGGGAUCAUAGUGCAUCACCUGACCGUGGCAGCCCACAGAAGAAAAGUGACAUAUCUCCCCGUAAUGAUGAUAGGAUGGUGACACAGCGAGAUGGGUCUGACUUCAGUGAUGGUCCAAGAGGUAAAAGUAGAAGCCCUGCCAGCCCUCCAAGGAACAACAAUGAGAGGGGGUAUGAUAGCCCCAAAUCUAAUGGUCGUAGCCGGAGCCCCAGCCGGAGCCCUAGGGAUGACAGGAGCCCCAUUGAUGAAGAUGAUGACAACCACCGUCGCUCGCAGUCACCACCUUAGAUGGUGCUUUUUGUUAAGUGGUCAGGGUUGGCCCAGUUUAUUAUAUCUGGAUUAUAAAUUGCACUCCAGUUUAAUUUUGACUUGUGUUUAUCAAAACGUAUUAUAUGCAUGCUAUAUUAUUCGGAUUCUUGCUGUUAACUAGCUUGUGUCAUAGCUAGAAUAUGGUGCAUGAAUUUUUUUUAAGGGUUGGGAUAUUUUACACCAUUAUAAGUUAUUGUGAGAAAUUUAAAUCUUGCAUGUUUUGAAGGCCUUCAA